AUGUCGCCCGCCGGUCCGGGCGUCCUGUGCAAGGUGUGCGGAGAUCGGGCCUCCGGAAAACACUACGGCGUACCGUCCUGCGACGGAUGCCGCGGGUUCUUCAAGCGCAGCAUUCGAAGGAACCUCGAGUACGUGUGCAAGGAGGGUGGCAAGUGCGUGGUGGACGUGUCCCGGCGCAACCAGUGCCAGGCGUGUCGCUUUGCCAAAUGUCUGCAGGCCAACAUGCGCCGAGAAGCUGUCCAGCACGAACGGGCCCCUCGGAACUGUACACCACUGGCGGCGGUCAGCGCACUAUCGGCGGCCCACGGCGAGUACUACGCGUCCCGGGCCCAGGCUUUUUCAUUGCCCCAGACGAACCUCUUCUUUCCACUGCCGCUCCACAUUACGGCCUCGGCUUCCGGGUUCACGCCCAUCGCCGCCGAGACGGGUCGCUUUCUCUCACCGUACGCCCAAUCGGCCGCAGUCCUGGCGGCAGCAGCCAGUUCGGCGAACGGAACUGCCACCUGCACCGCGACCAUGUACGACCACUUUCCUCCGGCACCGGCCCCUUCAGGAGCACCCAGUACGACCCACACAUUUACACCGAUCACCCUGCCACCGGCCGGGGCCAGUCUACAGAUUCCGGUCCCGGUACAACCAACGGCCACCGCUCCGGGCAUCAAAAUCCCACCGGGGGGACCAAGCACCACCGAGCACAGCAUCACCGGCGUCGGUAACGCGUUGGUGUUACCGACGGCACCACCGAUGCACUCCAUCAGCUCGAUCCUGGCCCUCGGUUCCGGGGCGAAGGAGAACGAAGUCAGCAGUACCGGCGAGGCCGGCGAAAGUCCCCCACGAAGCACCGCCUGGGCGGCGGUGGCGUUCGGUGGCGGCAAGAGCGAAACCGACAUGCUGCUCGAAUCGGCCGCCAAGCUCCUGUUCCUGGCGGUUAAGUGGGCCAAAACGGUGCCUUCGUUUCUGCAACUGCCGGCCACCGACCAGAAGCUGCUGCUGGAGGAAGCAUGGGCCGAGCUGUUCGUCAUCACCGCGGCCCAGUGGGGUCUGCCCAUCGACAAUGAAUUUAUCGGGCGCAAUCCGUCGGCGGUACGGUUGGCAAGCGCCAUUCAACAGUUUGCGGCUGCCCGGGUCGAUUACCGGGAGGCGGCCUGCCUGAAGGCACUGGUGCUGUUCCGUCCGGAUCAUCCGCGGCUGUACGCGGCCCACGAAGUUCUGCUGCUGCAGGAUCAAACGGUCGCCCUGCUGCACGAAAAGUGUGGUGGCGUCCGUUUGGGUCAUCUGCUGCUGCUGCUUCCGGCCAUCAAGGCGGCGGCCAACGCAAAGGUCCUGCAGGAAAUGCUGUUCCGGAAAACGGUCGGUGAAGUGGCCAUCGAACGGCUACUGCUGGAUCUGAUGAAAACAUAA